GCGCAGUUUUGAGAAGCAGAGUUAAUAAAUUCCUUCACAGGCUCCACACACUCUCCAAUAAUUUCUCUCUCUGAUUCUGUCCGUUUUCCCCUUUUUUUUGGGUAACCCCUUUUGUUUUUCUCCAGUUUCCGAUCCGAAUUUCCCACAUUCCAUUUCCCAUCUUGUAUUUCCAAAGUUUUUGUCGUUACGGAUCCGCCUUUCUCGCUCUGAACUUCCUCCUCUGCCACCUUCAAUUUUCCACCGUUAUUCCCUUAUAGGGACACCCCGAUUUCGCUGUUCCUUCUUUGUGGAACUGUUCAAAUUCAACGUGUGUGUGUCUCUGUGGUUUUCUUUUUCACUUGGUUCAGACACUUCUUCUUCCUCUUUCUUAGCGAUCCCAGUUCCGUGAUUUUCUCACUGCUUCUCAGUGCGAGAUUUCAUGUGGGUAUUGUGAGUAAUGGUCAUUCUCAGGGCUUGCUGCUGCUGCUUCGAAGAUCUGCCAUGGAAGAUUUCAGAACAGAGCUCGUUUUAGCAAUCCUCCUUGCUUUGAUUUCUGUGGGUUUCGGCGCCACCGACCCUGAUGAUCUUGCGGUUCUCAACGAGUUCAGAAAAGGGUUGGAGAAUCCACAGCUCUUGAAAUGGCCGGUUAAUGAUAACGACCCAUGUGGCCACAAAUGGCCCUCUGUUUUCUGCGAUGGUUCGAGGGUUUCGCAGAUUCAGGUCCAGGGGAUGGGGCUGAAGGGUCCUUUGCCGCAGAAUUUCAAUCGGCUCUCUAUGCUCUCCAACCUCGGCCUCCAGAAGAACGCAUUCUCCGGUCCCCUGCCCUCGUUCGCCGGCCUCAAGAAUCUCCAGUACGCGUUUCUCGACAACAACAAUUUCACUUCCAUUCCCGCUGAUUUCUUCACCGGCCUUGAUAGUUUAGAAGUGUUGGCUCUUGAUGGGAAUGAUUUCAAUGGGAGUUCCGGGUGGAUGAUCCCAAAGGCGUUGAGCAAUUCAGCUCAGCUGACCAAUCUUACUUGUAUGAGUUGUAAUCUGGUCGGUCCGAUUCCGGAAUUUCUGGGGUCUAUGUCCUCGUUAACUGUUCUGAAACUCUCCAACAAUAGACUCACCGGGGGAAUUCCGGCGAGCUUUAGCGGGAUGAUUUUGCAGAUGCUUUGGCUGAAUAAUCAAGUUGGGGAUGGAUUGAGUGGCUCAAUUGAUGUGGUGACGAGUAUGACCUCGUUGAGCAGUCUGUGGCUUCAUGGGAAUCACUUCACAGGACCUAUUCCUGAAAAUAUUGGGAACUUGAGUCUUCUGCAGGAUCUGAAUCUGAAUGGUAAUGAAUUUGUUGGGUUGAUUCCCAAGGGCUUAAGUGAUAUGAAUUUUAACCAUUUGGAUUUGAACAAUAACAAUUUCAUGGGUCCAAUCCCAAAAUUCAAAGCAUUGAAAUUGAGCUAUUCUUCAAAUCAGUUCUGUCGGGCCGAGGAAGGGGUUGCUUGUGCCCCUCAAGUCAUGGCGCUGAUAGAGUUUCUCGCUGCCUUGGACUACCCUUCAAGGCUUGUCUCUGCUUGGACUGGGAAUGAUCCAUGUCAAGCACCAUGGCUGGGAUUGAACUGCAAAUCCGGGGGAGUCUCGGUCAUUAACUUACCGAAGUUCAAUCUGAACGGGACGUUGAGUCCUUCACUUGCAAACUUGGAUUCACUUGUCGAGAUUCGACUUCAGAACAACAAUUUGAGUGGUCAGAUUCCCUCAAACUGGACUGCUUUGAAGUCUCUUACUUUGUUGGAUUUGAGUGGGAAUAACAUCUCCCCUCCUGUGCCUCGAUUCGGUGCCACUGUGAAACUAGUUACGGGUGGGAACCCUUUGUUAGAUGGUAAGCAAUCUCCGGCUACCCCAUCGUCAGGAAAAGGAGGCCUAUCACCUCCCAAUAGCCAGUCUCCCGAUAGCCAGUCUUCUCCGAUGACAGAACCGGGUUUUAAUUCUGGAGAUGACGGUAUAGGACAAAGAUCUAAUCGUUCCAAGGCAUCUAUAAUUGUUUCUACCGUAGUUCCUGUUGUAAGUGUGGUAGUUGUUGCUUUUCUGGUCAUUCCUGUGUCUAUAUAUUUAUGUAGGAAGAGGAGACGCAGUUCCCAGGCUCCUAGUUCUCUGGUUAUUCACCCAAGAGAUCCAUCUGAUCCCGACAAUUUGGUUAAGAUCGUUGUUGCGAAUAAUGCAAAUAUGAGUAAUUCUACUGCCACGGGAAGUGGUUCUGCAAGCAGAAACAGCAGUGGACUUGGCGAUUCCCAUGUUAUUGAAGCUGGAAAUCUGGUAAUAUCUGUACAAGUCCUACGAAAUGUGACGAAUAAUUUUUCUUCAGAGAAUGAGCUUGGUCGUGGUGGGUUUGGAGUAGUUUAUAGGGGAGAAUUGGAUGAUGGAACAAAAAUAGCAGUCAAAAGAAUGGAGUCAGGUGUAAUUAGCAGCAAAGCAUUGGAUGAAUUCCAAUCAGAAAUUGCAGUUCUUUCGAAGGUACGGCACCGUCAUUUGGUAUCGCUGUUGGGAUAUUCGGUUGCAGGAAACGAGAGACUUCUCGUAUAUGAGUUUAUGCCUCAAGGGGCUCUAAGCAAGCAUCUUUUUCAUUGGAAAAGCUCCAAGCUUGAGCCUCUUUCUUGGAAGAGGAGGUUAAACAUUGCCUUGGAUGUUGCUAGAGGGAUGGAGUAUCUUCAUGGUUUAGCCCAUCAGAGCUUCAUCCACCGGGAUCUCAAAUCUUCAAAUAUCUUACUCGGUGACGAUUUUAGAGCAAAAGUUUCUGAUUUCGGAUUGGUUAAACUAGCACCUGAUGGUGAAAGAUCUGUAGUAACCAAGCUUGCAGGAACAUUUGGUUACUUGGCUCCAGAAUAUGCCGUGACAGGUAAAAUUACUACCAAAGCUGAUGUCUUUAGUUUCGGGGUUGUGUUAAUGGAGCUUUUGACUGGACUAAUGGCUCUCGAUGAGGACAGACCCGAGGAAAGUCAAUAUUUAGCUGCGUGGUUCUGGCAUAUAAAAUCGAACGAGGAGAAGCUGAUGGCUGCUGUGGAUCCAUCCUUAGGUUGCAAAGAAGAUAUAUUUGAAAGCAUAUGCAUUAUGGCUGAGUUAGCUGGACACUGCACUGCAAGGGAGCCUAGCCAGCGACCCGACAUGGGUCAUGCUGUAAAUGUACUGGCUCCGCUCGUCGAGCAAUGGAAGCCAUUUAAAGAUGACACGGAGGAGUAUUCUGGAAUCGACUAUAGCCUACCCCUUAACCAAAUGGUGAAGGGAUGGCAAGAAUCCGAAGGGAGCGAUUUCAGUUACGUCGAUCUGCAAGACAGCAAGGGCAGCAUACCAGCAAGGCCAACAGGGUUUGCAGACUCGUUCACUUCGGCUGAUGGUCGUUGAACUAGGUACCUCCAUGCUUCUCUUUGCCUCGUGCUUUUUCUCUAGUAGGUGGAUAGCUGGUUGCGCGUUGCUUCUGUUUCGAUACAUUGUCAUAUAUGUUUCGAUUUCUUUCUGCUUCUGCUAUGGGAUUGAUUUGAAAGAUUUCUGAUGCCAGAGAAAUCUCAAGUGUAGGAUUACGGUUUUUCGGAUAAUGUCGAUGUAGAUAGAUAUCAAUGGUUCUUGAAACUAAAUAGUUACUUCGUAUAUAUUUUUUUUUUUUGUUAUUUUGUGCUUGUAAAUUCCUUGUGAAACAGAUUUGCAAAAUGCCCUCUUGUUUGCUCUUCUUGCA